CCAAGCCGCCACGUAGGCGGCUGCGCCAUAUUUUCCUCCCCCCCGCUACCCACCACACCACCACCUCUACCACUACCACCAACACCGUAACGCACAGUUCGCCUGUCCGCCUGUCUGGCUGUGUGUGUGUGUGUCUUUGCCUGUGCUGUCCGUACGAUUGUUUUUUUUUGCUCGCGUUUCAAGGCUGCGUGGUUGUUUUAAGUGGUGGCGUGUGCGUUUAAAGUGUGCGUCCAUCACUUUAUCACCCUGCUCCGACUAUCACUGACCCCAGUGGCUUCUUAUCAGCUGAUCUGUCACUUUUGAUAGCAGCAUCAGCAGCGGCAGCGGCGGCGGCGGCGGAAUCAUGAACGUGUUUAGGCUUACGGGUGACCUGUCCCACCUCCUCGCCAUCAUCAUCUUGCUCAUCAAGAUAUGGAAGACGAGGUCGUGCGCUGGAAUUUCUGGGAAGAGCCAGAUCCUCUUCGCUCUGGUGUUCACCACUCGAUACCUUGACCUCUUCACCACCUUCAUCUCCAUCUACAACACCAGCAUGAAGGUUGUGUACAUGGCUUGUGCUUACGCCACGCUCUGGAUGAUCUACCACAAGUUCAAGGCGACGUACGACGGCAACAACGACACGUUCCGCGUCGAGUUCCUGGUCGUGCCCAUCGGAGGCCUCUCGGUGCUCGUCAACCACGACUUCUCUCUGCUCGAGAUCCUGUGGACGUUCUCCAUCUACCUUGAGUCAGUGGCGAUCCUGCCGCAGCUCUUCCUCGUGAGCAAGACCGGGGAGGCGGAGACCAUCACCAGCCACUACCUCUUCGCCCUCGGCCUCUACCGAGCCCUCUACCUCCUCAACUGGAUCUGGCGCUACUACUUCGAGGGCUUCUUCGACCUCAUCGCCAUUGUCGCGGGCGUGGUGCAGACCAUCCUCUACUGCGACUUCUUCUAUCUCUACGUCACCAAAGUGCUGAAGGGCAAGAAGCUGAGCCUCCCGGCGUAAAAGCCUCUCGCCACUCCGCCCGGCGUCACUUCUCCGACGCUGUCCGCACGAAGUCGCUGGCGCAAGGGUCAAUACGAAGACUAGCACGCACGCACUCGCUCGCACUCACACCUUGGCUCUCGCGCGCUCUUUCGCUCUCUCUUUUCUCUCUCCCUCUCUCUAAAACGGGUGGAAUAUGCAAACGUGGUAACAAUUCCAGAACAAGAUAGCGUUCGAGUUGAAUCCGUUGGCGGUUGUAAUCGCAGUGCGCGCUCGAACGCUCCUCUCGUUGGUUCAGCCGGCUCUCGCCUAGUUAAGUAAAGGACGCAUUCAUUGACUCGGAUCAGAUGUAUCCGGGGCGAUUCCUUUAUAGAUACCCCACUGACCUCGGCUAACGCACCACCCAUCGGAUGCGGUAAACAAAUCGGACCGGCCAUGUUGGAAAAAGUGUUCCAGUGGAGGGUGUAUUGCGAUUGGUGGCAGACAUGUCGAUGCUUGGACGUGAAUUAUUAUUUUUUCCAUAAAUUUCUUCCCUAUUUUGGUGGGCCAUCUAUAAAUGGAUCGCCCCCGUAUAUACAGUUGGCGGCAAAAGUCAGGAACCACAGCGGUGUGUUGAUUGAAAGCACGACCUGAGCGUGUUGUUGAGGUCCUCGUGGACUUGUUGAGGAAUGUUCAAGUGUCCUGUGUGAAACGUAAGAUGCGUGCACAAGCAAUUGGUGCACAGUUCAAGCAUCUAUAAAUAACAAACAGCAGGAAGGCACGACUUGAUCACGUUGCCACUACAUUGCAUGUACUGUGCUCCUCAACCUUGUCUAGACCAUCAACUCAAAAUAGAGCUGAGAAUGUGGCCUUAUUAUUGAUUGCAAUUCAAGCAUCUGCUAUAAAUGACAAUUCAGACUCUGGCUCAGACUUUAUUUCAGCUCGCGAGGCCCCAUUGAGCUACAUUACUCCGUCGUUGCAAGGACAACCGCAGCCCAAGAACGCCGGCAGUGGUGGCAGUUACAAAACAUUGCAAUAGUGGGGGAUAUGCAAACUAACAAGGACAAAAAGACAGAACUGUUUCCACAACGAUAUAUAAGCACAGACGUAUGGUUCCUGACAUUUGUCUUACCUUGUAUAAUAUAUAUACGUAUAUUUGCUUCCAAUUGUGUGUCCCCGUACUCAAAUGAGUAUUUGAUGGUGCUUAUUUGCAAUGGCACGUUUUAAGCCAGUGGUGGAAAUUCUACAUUGCUAUGUCAGGGACUAGCAUCUCCACAGGACAACCACUAUUUUGUAUACUGUAUAUAAUCAUGAUAGCGGUCCUUUAUUUAUCCAGGAGAGAAAGAAAAACACCUCGCUGAGUUUCACAAGGGUCUUGCUUCGGGAUAUUAGGCCAAUUCUUUUUUGAGUAUUUUUUAUACUGUGCUAUGUAAUGAAUGGUCAAUACAAGUAUCAGAAUACAGGAGAAACGCUGUCUUAUACAUCAAAGUAGACAAAGCUCUUGUAAACUCAUCCCAGUGCUUAACCAAACUUCUUUUACCAUGCAUUGGAGGUUUACCGCAGCCUCGAUUAGAAUUCGUAUAUGUAAACUUUAUACGGGCCGUGUGAUGGCAUGCGUGACUUCACUGAAGCAAUGACCGGUGGUGGAAAUCGCACAUACGUGGUCAUACCCGCGUGAAGUUUACAAACGUUUUCAGGUUUACCACUACUUUUUCUGUUUCAAAGAGCGUACACGUUAUACGUUUGCCGUGGAGCGUUAUGGGUAGAAUCGUGAAUAGGCAGAACUCCGUUUCUGUGUUCUCGCAUAUAACUUAACAUCACCUAUAAAACUAUGGCUUUUGUCAUUGAACAUGAGCCUCAAAGUCUAGAUGGUGAGUUCUUGCCAAUAACACGUGGAAAUCGAGGGGCAUUUGUUGAACGAGCCUGCCUCUGCUGAUGAGACCCAGCAAAUGGAAACCGGUGCUGAGUUCGGUUACGUAAACAAACUUUGCUUGGUAGAAUUAGUCUAGGAAAGUGAAUGGGCUGAUGGACUAACACAUUUGUAGUUAUACGUGGAGACACAGGACAGAGUUUUGCGUUUAUGUUCUAUUAGAUAGAGGUCAUAAAGUGUCAUGCCGGAAAUGUUGCAUGAUGUAUAUUUCACCCCUUUUUAGUUUUAUCAUUUCAACCUUUGCAUUUUUAAAGGCCAAGUGUAUAGUUUUCAGAUUGUAUUAUUAUUAGAGAUUUGUUGAGGGGGAGGGUGAGUGCUGAGGUUGGUAUCAGUCCAGAUGUUCUCUCUAUAUUUAGAGCAAACACAUCACAGGAGAAACGCUGACAAAUUGUCUGAAAUCAACGGUAGUGAACCAAGGGUACGAGUGCGUGAACACUGUGAGCUUGGCGACGAUCGAGAGAGCUGAGACGCGAUGGCGCUUAGCCAUUUCUUUGCAAAGAGCUGAGCUGCUCGCGCGAUCAAAUUUAAUUGAUUCUACGAAACUUAACAAGUCGGUACCGCCCACCACUAUUUAAUUUCACAAUUGUGGAAAUUCUGACGAUGGCAAACGUAUCGUAGUCAUCAUCGGUCUACCCCGAAUAUUCCUUCCUUGCGUGGUCCGACAACCGAGCCUUCGAAAACUACAGGCUCACCACCCACUCGUGCAUCCCACACUUGGAGUUUGACACUUGGAAUCGAACCGUUGUCGACCUAGUUGCUCACUGGCUCUGUCGAUAACAUGCCGACCUAAGUUGAUCGUCCACCCAUUGUCACCCAUUGUCACCAAUUGUCACCCCCCCCCUCUUUUUCUCAGCGCGCGUGGCUACAACUGGUCCCAUGGGACGGCUAGGCCCCAUCGCAUGGGCAAUCGCUCAACCGAUCAUCGUCGUAGGUGGCGCUGACGGUGACUCUCUUCCGAUGUGUCGGAUUUUUAGUGGCGAUGACUUUAUAUGAAAAUGCGCGUACUCACUGAAGCAUGUGCAUCCACUCACCUUGCCCCCAACACGCUCUGUUCAUUACCCCGUUUCUCAGCGUAGUUCUUCCGUGAAUUUAACUUGUCUGCAUUAUAAUUUGUAUUACUCAUUCGAAAUUUACACUCGCCCCUUCGCUUUGGACGCCAAGGCAGCAACUUGUAACACAGUAUUAGAAGUUAGAACAUUUCCUAAUUUGUCUCUCUUUUAAGGAUAUUACUCGUUGCAUUUCAUCGCACAGUGUAUUUUGUAUCAUUAUAAAACUGCCGUUAGCAUACAAAUGGGUCUUAAGGACAAGCAUUUUUUCUGCUUUGUAUUAAAGUGUUCGAUCACGGCACCCGUGUUAUUUACAAUCAUUGCGUUGUUUUUUUAUGUUUUUAACAUUCGCUCCCUGAUACCUGGGUCUGUCCGCAAUUGUGCGUGUGUAUGUGCUGAAACAAAGCAAAAGCCGUGCCUAGACGAGCCACUCGUGGGGAUUUUGACUUUUGCUUUGACUGGUCGAUACAGCAAUGUGAAAACUUCGGGUGGUACUCAGAUUCUAACUGUUGUGGAGUCUGCACAGUGUGGAAAUGCGACUGACUGUUAUGAGAGUCAUACUCUGAUUAGACUUGAGUUUUAAAUUCCACUAAUUAGUUGAUAAAUAUCAGUUCUUAAGCUCAUGACACACGUGUCAAAUUAUGAAUGCAAGAACCAGUGGAUUUUAUUUUUAAUUUGAAUUCUUAUUAGUUGCAAUCGGUUUACGUGAUUCAUGCAGCCACUAGAGGCUGCUACAUUGGCACCGUUUAAAUAAUAAUUGAUGAUUCAAUUUGGAAUAGUGACCCCCGUAAAUUGUGACAAUUCAUCGAUUGGCUGGAAGGGGUAGAUUGGAAGGUGUGGGAUUUAAACGUGGCUUCGUGCCCAAACGACGACAAAUUUAAUUGUCACCACUGUAGGGGUAAGUCUGCGCAUAAGCCUCCUACCGUACGUCACUCCCGAUCGUCUCGACACACUCCCUGGCUCUGCCUAGACCAGGAGUCGGUAUCCUGCGGCUCCGCAGCCACAUGUGGCUCUUUGAAGGGCUGCUUCCCGUUACAUUGCAGUUCUUCAAAUAUAUUGAGGGGUUUUUUUUGUUUUUACCGAAUUUACUAAAAAUAAUUUUUACUCUUGUUGUUUUGUUUUGCCGACUCCUGGUCUGAACGUGCUGAUUUGCGUCGAGUGUUUAAUAUCGCGUUCUCGUCGUUAUUUCUCGUGUCGUUCAACUCCACACUAUAAUAGCAGUCCGUCACUUUGUUUCAGCACCUCCACGGCCACCACAGACCCCCACCACCCGUUGCAGCGUUGAGUUGAGACGCGCGCGAGAUGGGGACGACUGCUGGACGCCUUGCCUUGGAUGUUGAACAACCCAUUGUUACAAACACGAGUAGCCGCCGAGUGUACAAUAAACAUGAUUCUUGCAUAGUU